AUGUCUAACGGAGAGUUAGACAUGGACGCCGUUCUGGCACACUUUCCUAUUAACCCAGAUAAGGUCAAGCAAGUCUCCGGGAACGCGUCUUAUGAAGCAAAGGAAAUUGCGUAUAAAUGGCUCGCUGUGUUCCUAUCUGCAGGGGAAGGCUUUUCUGGGAACGUAGCCAGCCGCGUCAGGAUUAUAGAGGCGUCCAUCAUCCAAAACCCAGAGGAACCAGAAAAACUGGAAAGUCGGGUAGUAUGCGAAAUAGACGUGGAAGAAGACAUGCUUAACCCUCUAGGGAAUUUACACGGCGGUUGUUCAAUAUUCCUCAUUGACGAAUGUUCUACGUUACCCCUAUCCGUGCUCCUCUACUCGCUAGGGAGGCCAACCAGCGGGGGUGUAUCGCAAACCAUCAAUACAACUUUCCACGCACCCGCACCGCUCGGCACGAAAAUUAGGCUCGUUAAUACAUCCAUGAUUAUUGAGGAACCUAUGCUAUGUACUAGAUCUGAGGUUUGGGAUGUAGACAAUCACCGCUUGAUCUCAUCUGCCGUUCAGACAAAAAUGUUACCGUCCCAACCCAAGCCAAAGCUCUGA